CAACUGUAAAAUCCAGAUGGGGACCGUUCAAUAAUUAGGUGUUUAAGUAAAGGGUUAUAUGCCAAGACUCAGUAAGAACAUCUGCUCAUUUGGAAAAGAUGAGUGCCAGUAAUUGCAAAGACAAGAUACCCCAUGCCCUUCUCAUUCCAUUUCCUGCACAGGGUCACAUAAAUCCCAUGGUGCACCUCGCACGGAAGCUUGCCUCUGAUGGAUUCCUCAUCACCUUCCUCAACACCGAAGUCAGUCAUCAAAGAAUGAUCAAAGCCAACAAGGAUACAGACAUGCAUCAUAAAAGCGAAAGGAUCAGAAUGAUUUUUGUUCCUGGAGGACAGCUUCCCAACGUAUGCGGUGGGAAGUACCUAAUCGAGGACAUCGAAAUUUUUUUUAGGGAGGUUGAAAAUUGCCUAGGGCCUUCUGUAAUUGACAAAGUUGUUCGGGACAUAAACGACAAAAAUGAAGAGCAGAAUGUCACUUGCAUAAUAGCAGAUAUCUGGACGUGCUUUGGCCUGCACACAGUGGCCAAACGCCAUCGUAUUUCGCUGGCGGCUUUCCAAACGUCGCUGCUUUCCACCUUUGCCAUCCGCUACUUCAGUUCUAAGCUCGUCUCCCUUGGGCUGCUUCCUUCCGAUGGUAUUCCAAAGGAGGAUACGAUUCAAAAGUAUCUUCCCUCUAUGCCGCCGCUGCACUCUGCUCAUCUCCCAUGGUUGUACGGAGGAGAAUACUUGUUUCAGCACGGGAUUCGCAUGGGAAAAGAAAUGGCUAAUAUCGAAUGGAUCUUGUUCAACACGUCUUACGAGCUAGAGCCUGGUGUAGCUGAUGAUUUGUCCAACGAAGUGGGUGUGUAUCCUAUUGGUCCAUUGAUUUCUCCUGAGUUUCUGGACGGUGACAGAAACAUGUCGACCAUGGCUACCCCAAGCUUUUGGGAAAAUGACAUGGAAUGUUUGGAGUGGUUAGAAAAACAGCGUAAGCAAUCUGUGAUCUAUGUAUCUUUUGGGAGUGUAGCUAUGUUGAAUAACCGGCAAGUGGAAGAGCUUGCUCUGGGGUUGGAGGCUACGCAGAGACCAUUUCUUUGGGUUGUACGCUCGGAUCUAACAGAUGGAGGUACUGCCGUUCUGCCUGCGGGGUUCUCGGAUCGGAUUAGAGAUAGAGGGUGCAUAGUGUCUUGGGCUCCACAGUUAGGGGUUUUGUCCCAUCCUUCCAUAGCUUGUUUUGUGACCCACUGUGGAUGGAACUCUGUACAGGAGAGCAUCACAAUGGGAGUUCCGAUGCUCUGUUGGCCUUAUUUCGCUGACCAGUUCAUUAACAGCACAUAUGUUGUAGAUGUUUGGAAGGUGGGGUUGCGUUUGAAAGCCAAUAACGAUGGGUUAACAGAGAAAGUGGAGUUCAGAAGAGCGAUCGAAAGAUUAGUGGCUACGGAAGAAGGCAUGGCAAUCAGGGAAGAAACGAAAAAAUGGAACGGUAUAGCAAAGAAUACGGUGAAAGAAGGUGGGUUAUCUUUUACUAAAUAUACCCUAUUCGUCAAUGCAAUGAUGAAAUUUGUGAAAAGCUAAACUAGCACUUGCAUUCUAAGAGGUGCAAUGAUUAUGUCCAUAGUAAUUUUGGUAAUAAUAUAUUGGAGGGCCAAAAAAAUUGGGAGAAUGUAUGGUGAUUAAAUUAAA